AUGCGGCCUUCUACUCGCCACAAGAUCAGUUCCGAUCAAAGUAGCCUCAAUCUGUCCUCAGUACCAAUGACCAGUCAUUACGUUCCCCGUACUCGUCCCCGCUUAUUUGGCCUAACAGAAGCACCAGUCUAUUACCCAACACCCAUAGAAUUUUCAGAUCCCAUCAAAUAUAUUGCCUCUAUUCAAAAAGAAGGUGAAAAAUAUGGAAUUAUCAAGAUAGUUCCUCCUGCUGGUUAUGACCCUGGCUUCAAACUCAACAAGGAGACAUUUCGUUUUCGCACACGUAUCCAAAAACUCAAUAGUAUGGAAGGUGAAACGAGAGCAAAUGUGAAUUAUCUCGAACAAUUGUCCAACUUCCAUAUCUCGGCUGGAACACCUAUCCACAAAAUCCCACAGCUCGACAAACGACCCAUUGAUCUUUUCAAGCUUAAAAAAGAAGUAGCCCGCAGAGGAGGAUAUCACAUUGUUACCGGACAAAAGAAAUGGGCUGAAAUCGGACGUUCUCUGGACUAUCACCGCAAAGAGUGUACAUCAAUGUCCAAUGCCCUAAAGAAUGCUUACUAUCGCUAUGUACUCCCCUACGAAGAUUGGCUGACGAGGUACAAGUCAGAGCAUGGUCAAAAUUCUCCUGCGCCGCUCACAUCAGAUUCAAUGACAGGAUCACGAAUGAAAUCUACUCGAGCCACCUCUCACUCAAGAGAACAAAGUGUGGCUGUAUCAGAAACAACGACCCCGGACGAUUCAGAAGAAGAUCCAUGCCAGAUCUGUCAUGACAAUGAAGGCGAAAGCGAUAUGAUUGCAUGCGAAGGGUGUGGGCACAUCUUCCACCUCUAUUGUCUUUCGCCACCCUUGAAAACCAUGCCACAAGGAGAUUGGCAUUGUAUCAAAUGUUUGACUGCAGCAGGAGGAGACUAUGGAUUUGAAGACGGAGACGAAUAUUCAUUGGCUGCAUUCCAUGAGAAAUGCAAAGCAUUUAAGCGCGAAUGGUUCUCAAAGAACGGCACACUUCAACCAGACGAGACAGUAACCGAAGAAGAUUGUGAGGAUGAAUUCUGGCGUCUGGCAGAAAAUCCACACGAAACAUGUCAAGUGGAAUAUGGAGCCGACCUUCACUCGACCCAACAUGGCAGUGCUCUGGGCGAUCUUAAUGAUCCGUGGAACCUCAAUGUCAUCCCCGCUUUACCAAAAUCUUUAUUUUCACAUAUCCAAGCUGAUAUAAGUGGUAUGAUGGUACCUUGGUUGUACAUUGGCAUGUGUUUCUCUGCCUUCUGUUGGCACAAUGAAGACCACUACACCUAUUCGAUCAACUACAUGCAUUGGGGUGAAACCAAGACGUGGUACGGCAUACCCGGCAGUGACACAGCAAAAUUUGAAGAAACGAUGCGGAAGGCAGUUCCGGAACUCUUUGAACAACAGCCUGAUUUAUUAUUCCAACUUGUCACCAUGCUGAGUCCAGGAAGACUUUUGGAAGAGGACGUCAAGGUAUAUGCAGUCGACCAACGUCCAGGUCAAUUCGUCGUCACGUUUCCAAAAUCCUAUCACUCCGGGUUCAAUCAUGGAUUUAAUUUUUGUGAAGCAGUCAAUUUCGCACCUUCUGAAUGGGUUGAUCUUGGCUUAGAAUGUGUCCAACGCUACAAGGAAUACAGGCGACAACCUUGUUUUUCACACGAUGAACUGUUAGUCAAUGUAGCCGAACACGACAAAAGUAUCGAAACCGCCAAAUGGUUGCGCGGUGCAAUUACGGCAAUGAAGUCAAGAGAGAUUUCUGAGCGCGAUAGCUUGAGAGAAAAGUAUCCUAAAUUAAAAGAAAUCGUAGACACCAAACCCCAGGUCACUGAUAAUGAGUCUCAGUGCGUCUAUUGCCACUGCUACUCUUAUCUUUCCCAUGUGUCCUGUAGCUGCACAGACAACAUUGCUUGCUUGGAUCAUUACGAUGAACUUUGUACAUGCAAUGUUUCAAAAAAGUCUCUUUGCCUUCGAUUCACAGACGACCAACUUUUGCAAAUUGUACAACGUUCUCCAGACGUAACAAAAGCAUCGAGAGAAUGGUCCAAGAAAUGGGAAUCUAUUAAAAACGGCGCUCCACCUACUCUCAAGACUCUCCGUAGCUUACUCCAGGAAGGUGAAAAGGUGUUUGCACCAGAAGACGACGUUGAGGAGAUCCGGAAAACGAUUCCUAAAAUAAUGGAUUGGAUUGACGAAGCUAAACUAUAUGCGAUCCGUAAGCAUCAGAACCGACGGCGCGACUCUGGAACAGCACAGUAUAACGGCAAGCGGUUCGAGCAAAUUAAAAAGCUGUGCAAAGAUGCGUCUGAGAUGCAUUUUGAUGCACCCGAGGUGCAUGCGAUCCGCAAAACCCUCAAAAUGCUCAACGACUUUAGAGACCAAGCCCUGGAAGUUCUUGGGGCUGAUAAUCAAUCGGUUUCGGUAGAUACUUAUCGCGAUGUGUAUGAGAUCGGCACAGGCAUGAAUGCCGACAUUCCCGAGAUGGCUCAAUUAGAAAUGGCGAUCAAACAGCAUACAUGGCGCAAGGGAGCUCCCACAUCUAUCAAAAAUCACUUUAGCGACAUCAUACGUUCGAUCGCCGAGGCCAAAGAGUACAAGAUCCCUGUAGAUGACAGUACUUAUCAAACCUUAUUAGCCCUCAAACAGGAAGGCGAACGAUGGGUAGCUCAGUACGACCUCGUUACAUGUUCAGAGUCGGUCACAUUAGACCAUUAUACUAAUCUCUUAGAAGCUAGUACAAAGGUCUCUACUCCUCCGGACGCACUCUACAACGUCAAGGAAGUAGUCAAAGUAGGUACUGACGCAACAGAGAUCAUCCAAAUGGCAACCAACUUUUCGACCGGACAACACAAAGAAAGACCAUCAGUUACAGAUCUUAGCAGAGUUGCACAUGCUCUUCAAUGGCUACCAAUCCAAAUCGAAAACUCUCAAUGUAUUGCUACUCAAAAGGACGAAAUAGAAAAAUGGGUUCGACAAGUAGAAACGGUCUUUGACCGAACCAGCCAGACUCCAACAUCACCCCAUAAAUCACAUCUCGAAAUGCGCUUGAUGGAUGUCCUGACCAACAUGGUCAAUAUUAUCGAGCCAAAAGGUUCGGCUGGAGCCGCCUUUAUCGCAUCUAUUACUGCCAGCAAUGGACGCGGGGCCUCAACCGGACCUCUCAAGAAAGCCAAGUUAUUGAAUAGAUCUGCAGAUCGAUAUUGUAUCUGCCGUAAAUCCGAGUCUGGAUUGAUGAUCGAGUGUGACAUUUGCCACGAAUGGUACCAUGGCCGGUGCGUCAAGGUGACACGCCGUGAAGCAGAAGCGAUAACCUAUGUGUGUCCGGCCUGUGACGGCCAUCAGAUCAUUCCUCGUGCGUUCAAGAGACCUAGCCUGGAGGAAUGUGAACAAUUGAUAGAGGACGCAAACCGCCUGUGGUUUCUACCCAAAGAAUACGAGCUUCUGUCACAAAUUGUAGAUUCAGCGCGUACAUUCAAGGGACGCGUACAGGCGUUCUGUCGGUCAAAAACACAACUUGGGGUACAAGAUCUAAAUGCAAUCAAGAUGAACUUGCGAGAACUAUUAGGGCUUGACAUCCAUUUACGCGACGAAACAGACUUUCUGCGUAAAAAGGUCAAAACAUUGUCUGGUCCGCUUCCUCUACCCCAGAUCUACGGCGCCUAUCCUUCACCCAAUCUCCCUGUCGCUCAAAUUUCUCAAGAAGAUAUUCCUGCUACCGACUCAAACAUUUCCCACUCCUCCUCAAGUGCUGACGAGCGAGUGUACUGCGUGUGUCGUAAGCGCUACACCCCAAAUGGACCAGAUGCUCAGAUGGUAGGUUGCGAUACCUGUCAUGAGUGGUUCCAUCUAUCUUGUGUCAAUCUAGACCUGAAAGCGUUGCCUGGGAUUGAGCAUUACAAGUGUCCGGGAUGCACUCGGAAGCAAGAUAUGCAACAACAAGUGCAACAGCCACUUCAACAGCUACUUUCACAGCCACUCCAACAACAAUCACAAUCACAAUCACAAGUUGGGAAGAAUCACACAUCAGCACAGAUGGAUCUUAAAGGUUAUGCGUACAAUACAGACAGUGUUGUCUUGCCAACACCCCCUCUUCCUUCAACACAUUCACCGCGUACACCAACUGUCAUCAAACUCACGGUAAGGCCCCCAGCGCCUACUCCAUCUACAAGCAUAUACGAAAGAAAACGGAAACAUGGUGGCGAACAUCUUAUCGAAAAAGAAAAAUCAAAAAGAGAACUUUCUAUGAACGAGGAUGUCUGUCUACAUGCGUCUGUAUAAUUUUAUCUUCAAUUUAAAUCCUAAACCCACCCGUCCAUUUACUCCCUCAUCUUUGUCAUCUAUCUCUAUGUGUCUCUAUCCCUACCCUUCUGUUCUUUUUCUGUUGUCUCUUUAGUCUCUCUUAGUAUCCACCCAACACCUCUUCCUAUUUCUGUUUUUUUAUUAUUACUACUACUACUAUUACUACUACUAUUACUAUUAUUUUUGUCUCACGUUAAGUUUCUUUUAAUCGUACAUUGAUCUUUCUUUAUCUCUUUCUUUCAUCUUUUUUCUGUAAUAUAUCAAAUGUGUCUUUGGUUUCUUCAGAAACGUCGAAUAAAAUAUAUUGUCUUAUGUUUAUAAUUUCU